AUGAAUCAGCCGCGUCGCAAGUCUGCGUUCCGCAUCGAGCCGUUUCGGCACAAGGUGGAGAUGGACCCGCGAUACGCGGAGAAGACGUGGGGCAUUCUCGAGGACGCCAUCCACCAGAUCUACAACCACAACGCCUCGGGCCUCAGCUUCGAGGAGCUCUACCGGUCUCCGUCCACAGCAUCUACAAUCACAACGCCUCCGGCCUCCGCUUCCAAUAGCUCUAUUGGUACGCGCCUCCUUCCGCCCUGCGUCGCUGUCUCUUCGCUUCUGCAAAUCCGCCCUUCCAAGAGCUCUAAAGGCACGUUGGCCUCAGUUUCGCCGUUCCAAGAGCUCUACCGGCAUGAGCACGGCGACUGCCUCUACGCGUGGCUAGUAGGCGCGCUAAGAGUGUCUUUCCCCUCGUGCCCUCCCCCCCUCCCAUCCCAUCACAGCAACGCGUACAUCAAGGUGUUGCACAAGUACGGCAACCGCCUCUAUGCGGAGCUGGGCAACCGCCUGUACGCGGGGCUGGUAGGCAACCGCCUGUACGCGGGGCUGGUAGGCAACCGCCUGUACGCGGGGCUAAGACUGUCUUUCCCUUGUCUCUCCCUGUGUUUUUACCCACUUCCCCCUUUCCCCCUCCCCCCUCCCCCCAAGCAACGCGUACAACAUGGUACUCCAUAA